AGAGCCAAUUAAAAUACCCUUUGCUACUAAUUGAGCACUAAUUAAUCAUUAGGUGGCCUAAUCAACAGCUGGAGGAGGACACCCCCUCGAGCUCGUGAUAUCCGAGGCCACUCACUUCACUUCCUACACAAUCUUGCACUUUAGUCCUUCGUGUCAGGACGAUAUUUCAUCUCCGUAUCUGGCUAGUAUAGCUAGUAAACGCGCAAAGAGAUUUCAGAAUAUUUCGCCAGCCGCCAGCAGCAAGCUCAGCUCAGGAAGAGGAGAGGCGAAACCAAGAAGAGUGUGCUGGCGACUGCCCCCAAUGCCUCUUGCAUCCUCACUCCACUCGCUCAAGAGGGAGAGUGAGUGAGAGAGGAGCUCGAGGAAUCUUAGCUCUUCUUCAGCGUUGAUCUGGUUUUCGCCUUGCAAAGUGUACUAGUAGAAAUUAUUUGCUUGGUGGCAAAACAAAAGAAGGCGGUUUUAUCUAUGGGAAAUCGUUCUCGACAACGAGUAGCUAAGGAAGCAAUGCAAUCUAUCAAUGAGGAGGCAGACAGUCCUAGCAGGGAAGUGCAACCGGGCAGACACCACAUGUUGAAAUGCCCAGAUGGAAAACCAGAACUGCACCUCGAGCAGAUUCCAAAUUUCCAUUGCAAAAGUUUGCCUUCAAGCCGACGUGAGGCAUACCAAGAUGAUAGCAUCAUGCACAAGCGCGGCUCUAUGUACCAGAGUUCUAGUGAUGUUAGCAGACUGAGGAAACUCCAAGAAGGAAGGAGGAAAAUAGAUUCUGCACUCAGUAGAGAUUCAUUUAUGUCCUUUGAGAUUGUGGACUCAUCCUCUCAGCCUAGCACAAGUGGACCUUACUUAUCGCGGCAACAGAGCCGUUCGUGCAAACCGAGUUCUUCCAUAGAUGCAAGUAGUAAAGUUCAACAGGCUACCAGGGAGUUCCUUAGUCUUUCAUUGCGUGAGCUUCCUGAUGAACAUUCAAGACUUGGGAGGCCACGCAAGGACUGCAAUCUGCUGAAAGAUUGUGCAGGAGAUGAUUUCCUGGAGAUAUCUCUUGAUGAAGACACCAGCAAAAGUGUCCACACGAGACAGAUAGAAGGAACCUGUAGCAAAGAUGCAAGAUCGAAUUGCCAACAUUCGGUUGAUGUUUAUUCUGAUGGGAGUAAGCAUGGUGAAGGUGACCUAGUAAAUAAACUGCCCAAGUCCUUGUCAACAAAGGUUGGUGUUUUUGAUGCUACAUGUCCACCAGAGAGUACUCAUGGUGCUAACAGCACCACAAAAGCUCGAUCUAGUCCAUUCAAGAAAAUUCUGGAUCCUAUCAUGAAGUCCAAGUCUCUUAGGAAUCCGUCUCUUAUGGAAAAGGAAGAUGCCAAACAUAGUAGCCUGCUGGUUGAAGGAAAAGGCCGUGUAUUGCGGAAAUCUUUGUUGAGCGGUAUCUCAAGGACUGAACAAAGCCUCACACCUAAUUGCCAGCAAAGUAAGGAAGCUCAAGUUUUGACGGUUACUUCAUCACCAACUCAUCUUCAUGCGGUUCUUAAACUGGAUCCCACUAAUGAUUCUUUUGGUUUUGAGUUCUGUACCAAGGGCCCAGAAGAAUCCAUUUAUGCUAACAUUUGGAAAGCCGGAAACGAAUUGAAUUGGAUUUACACUUUCCAUAGCACAGGGAAGCGAACAAGUACUGUUGGAAAGACCCCAAAGGAUAGACGGGGAUGUUUGCCUCCAAUUGUAGGCCAAAUGCAUGUGUCUUCCUAUUUGUACUCUGAAGUUGGACAAAAUGGUGUUCUGAAUAACUCAGCCAUCAGUGAGUUUGUCUUGUACGAUAUUGCUCAUGCGAGACGAAGUUCUGCUGUUGAAAGAAUUCAAUGUACAGAUUCCAGCAAACCAAAAUUCUGCAGUGCUGUAAAUAAUUCGAUAUCUAGGGGUUCUCUAGAGAGGAAUAAUCUGAUGGAGCGGCAAAAUAAUACAAGGAAUAACUCGGAUGCAUCAACAUCUAGUCUUUGGUCCCGAGAAGAUCUCCAUCCUCAUUUGGAGGUUGCUGCUAUUGUAAUCCAAGUGCCGUUCCACAAAACCCAAUCCAAAGAAUUGAAAGACGGCUCAUCAUCCGGUACCAUUAAAGUGGCUGCAGCAGGCGGGGCACAUGGUUUACCGAGGGAUGAUGAAAGCAGCCCAUCACCUCUACUUGACCGCCUGAAGACUGGUGGAGGUUGCGAUUGUGGUGGAUGGGAUAUGUCUUGCCCAAUUGUUGUCCUUGACAAUGCAUAUGAUAGUCAUUGGGUUGAUUCAGUGAUGACUGAAAGCAAGCAUCCUAUGGAACUACCUUUUCAGGGUAACAAAGAGGCUCUCCCUGCCAUUUCGAUGAAGGCAGUUGGGAAUGGACAUUUUUCGGUGGAUUUCCACGCACGGUUGUCAGCAUUGCAGGCAUUUUCAGUCUGCAUUUGUUUGCUUCACUGUUCUGAAGUUUCUUCUGCCAUUGGUAUUGAGAAAUUCAAGCAUAAGCUGUACUCCAGCUCACUGAAGAUGCUCCUGAAGGAUGAAGUCAAGCAGCUAAUUGAAUCGGUAACCACAAAAGAGAACAAGAAGAAGAAAACAAAGAGGCGAAAAGAAAAAACACCUCCAUCCAUCGUCCUUGACCCACCGUUUUCACCCAUGGGAAGAGUAUAAUCAACGGACCAGUAACCCCGGUGGAACAAAAAUACAAGUCAGAAUUGUGUCAUUAUGUACAACAUUGUCGGUCAUGAUCUGACUAUGAUCAUGAUCAUUUGGAUGUGCGAUAAAAGGGAAAAAUAUCCUUUUGACCUGUUCAUAAGGAUGGAGGUAACCUUCUUCAGUUUAUAGCAGUAGCCAUUAGAUUUUUGCCAGGUUUAUAAAUCUGUAUGAGUCCUGAAGCAAACACGGUUCUUAGUAGAACCAAUUACAAGAGACAGAAUAUGGCCAUUGCCCUUUUUUUUUGUACAGGACAUCACUCUUUUGCUCUCCAUUGCUUCAAGUUCUUUUUGGAGCCUGGCAAAUUGAA